AGAUAGUAUUUUUUAUUCAUUGCUAAUACGCAUGCGCAAGGAAACUUGUUCCUUUUAUCCGCUCACUGUGAGAAGAGGUUACACUUGUGCCUGUUCGAUAUAAAAAAUGGAAAACGAUUUAGGAACUCUCGUUGACUUGUACAUCCCCCGAAAAUGCUCUGCGAGCAAUCGCAUCAUCCAUGCGAAAGAUCACGCAUCCAUACAGCUAACUCUGGCUGAUGUAGAUCCAGAAACUGGACGUAUGACUGAUACUCACAAAAUGUAUGCGAUCUGUGGAGCAAUUCGUCGUAUGGGAGAAUCUGAUGAUUGUUUAGUAAGAUUAACAAAGAAAGACGGCCUUCUGCCAAAGAACUUUUGAAAUGUGACCGGUUUAUUUUCAAUAAACUUAAAAAAGUAAAC